GACAACAAUGCAUCCAACUCGCACCUGAUUUGAUGCCGCUGUUCAUUUUAUUGUUUGCAGAUAUUGCUUUUUCUGAUACAAGUAUAGGUCUCCAAAAUGUUAUUUAACAGGACGUCAGAGUUAUCAAAAAAUCUGAAGUACAAGGGUUAACAGGUGAAGAACAAGAACAAGUUGCUGAUGCAUUGAAAAAGCAUCAUCAGUGCAUGAUAUAGAAAUCAACACAAAAAAAAAUCCAAAUCUGAUGACUGACAGUAAGCAGAUUCAAAGAAGAAAACUGACAGUCUCAAAUAUUGUGUUCACUAGUCUCAAUUGAGAUAAAAGAUUUUUUGCCAUUAUUUUUUUUUAAUUUACUUUGGUAGAUGAUUACAUAGUGUGCAAUGGCAGACUGAAACUUUGGAGGACGAAGGUGGCGGAUACAGCACUUUCAAGCCAUAUCUAUAGCACACUCAGUCAAAGAUGUCGGCUUGGAUGGUUUGUUGCUUUGGUGGAAAGUGGUUCCUCCUAGAGAUAAUUUUUUUCGCACUCAAUGAAGUGGGGCUGGAAAGGGGGAAGGCAACCGGAUCAUCCGAAAAAAAUUCCCGACGGCCAGCCCUGCGAACAUGUGUCACAUACAGCGUUUCGAGACGAGAUCUGAACCCUGGGGCUUUCUUUGUCGUAAUGACAAGCGAGUGUUCUAACCACGAACUUCUAUCUCCUAUUGACGUCCAACUAUACUACUGGGCGCCCCCCACGAUGUCUGGGCAGCUUCAUCAAGGGAGAUCAUCAACAAUUGCAACGGAAGUACGUCAUUCAACGACGCCUUGCUGAAAAACGAAAAAUGCACACAUUCGUAAAAAUAUAAAUAUAUAUUUAUACACUUUGCAAUUACGAAUAAGAAAAAUCUACCAACAGAUUGAAGAGUGCACAACAUAAUCUUGCAGAAGUACUGCUGAUAAUAAAUCAGUGAGACAGAGAAGUUCAAGAGCCAGUCAGUACCAGAUUGAUGACGAUGAUGGAGAGUACAUCUGAUCAAACAGGGGUGGGAGAGUGUGAUGUAUGUGGUAAAGAUCAUAUGACUGAAGAGUGCCCAAUUUUAGGCCUGACAAACUCCAGCUUCACUCCACAGAUCUCGAGGGCACGUCUGACAGUCCCACACUUUUUAGGCAUUGUGGACUACUCUGAUGGUGAGGUGGGCAUUAUUGCAACUGAAUCCAUCUCAAACAAAACACAGCUAGGACCAUUUGAAGCUAAAAAAACCACAUAUGAUAUCAACAAAGAAGAAUUUUUUUUGCUAAAGAUCCUGUCUACUGAUGGCAACACAAUAAGUCUAGACGCAUCUAGUGAACAUCAUUGCAACUGGAUGGCACUGGUACAAGUGGCUACGUCAGCAGAGGAACAAAAUUGCAUGGCCUACCAGCUGGGCAUUAAUAUCUACUUUAACACUACCUGUGAUAUACCAAUGGGCACAACGCUUAAGGUGUGGUAUGCCCCUCAGUAUGCCAGGAAAUUAGGAAAACCUCUCCAGCCUGACGGCAGGACUAAAUCAAUGCUUGGUGAAGAUAUCAGUUCAUGGAAGACUGAAGACACACAAUCAUCUACAGGUAGUAAUGGAAUAUUGGAGGCAGCUGCAUUUUUAUCAUCUGUAAUUCCGGCUUCAGAUGCAUCUGACACUGUGAUCAUAAAACAGGAACAGGGAACUGAAGUGUUUCGUUGUCGUUACUGUUUGCGCCUCUUUUACAAUCAGAGUGAUUUUGCCAUACAUUUAAGAGGGCAUCUUAUACCAUCAAGCUUACAGUCUCACUCUCGAGGUAGACCAGGACGUCCUUGGAGCAAAGCAGGACUGUUACGACCAUUUGGAAAAAGAGGACCUGGACGACCUAGGAAGGCAAAGACAGAGGAGACAGAGGGUGUCGGUCAAAUCAAGACUGUUAAUGAACCUCGACGAAGAGGAAGACCACGCAAACACCCUGUGAUGGACUCCACCAUCACCUUUGAGGAGGAAGAGUCUGGAUCAAUAGAACGGAAGACAAAUGAGAAAUGCAGAGGAAUGAAGAAUCAGAUCAGUGGUGCAGAAGGAAAAGAGUACGAAAUUACUUGUGGUCCACAGGAUGUGCACAUUGAAGAAAACCCUGAAACAAACAUUGCCCAAAACUAUGAUGAUCAGACAGUUUCAAAGAAGGAUAACGUGAUAGAAAUGCAACAAGCUUCUGAAAAUGACACCAUAAGUACUGUACCGUGCAUCACCAGAGUUGAGGAAUCACAUGUCAUAGAUAGUCAAGACAAAAUUCUGGGUUUAAUAACAGAACAUAGGCCAGAACACACUGCUCUUCAUGAAACAGAGAAUGAUCAUAUAUCUGUAAAAAGAGGUAGAGGUCGUCCAAGAAAAGUGCAGAUUUCCCUUGCUGUUAGUAAAGGUGCCAUAGAUCAACUUCAGAAUGAUAUGGAGGUUGUAAAUCAAGAUGAUCCAGAUGUCAGUUUCAUAAGACCACUGCCAAAACGACGAGGUAGACCACCUAAGCAAGUUAUAGAAAAGGGAGAAAUAAAUAUUUUGCCGAUUUGCCUCAGUAUUUCUGGAAAUUCUUUACGCCGAGUACAGCCACGGCGAAUACUUAAAGGUAAGCGAACAUCAUCUUUCUGGUAUCCUGGUGAAAGUGAUUCAGAAGAUGACAAAGAAGAAAGUGAGGAGGAAAGAAAGGUUAAGGGAAAAAAUAUCAUCAAGCAGCUUAUUUAUUCCAAUUUAUCUAAUGAAGAAUCUGAAGAUGAAGAAAUAGAGGAAGGGGAGGUAGUUGUUAAAACUAAAGGACAUACAGGACUUAUCACUGUGCACUCUUCAGAUGGAAUAGUAUUGUCAGAGACCCCAGUCAUUUUGGUAAAUAAGGAGUCCAGUCAGGCACUACAAACUUCAGAAACUUCAAUCUCCAAAGAUGGCAUUCCUGAAGAUCAGGUAAUCAUGUUGCAAACGUUAGAAGAAUCUGCAAAGGAAAAUGUUAUAGAAGCCAAUGUUACAGCAUUGAUUGCAGCAGAUCAGAAUGGUCAAAGCACAUCAGUUCAACAGGAUGCACUAGCAGCUCUUGUUGAUGUAGCCCUUUCCUCACAAAAGAUGGACGACUUUGGUGAUGACGGCAAGGUAGAAAUGCUUCCAUCGGAAACAGAUUUAGAUGAAACUUCAGAUGACCCAGACUGGGAAGGUGUUCGUGAACCAACCCACAAGAGACGCCCUAAGCGACGCAGGGGAGAUGAUCCUGAAUUGGAGGAACUGGAAGAGAUGGUUCAGGUAGUAGAAGGAAUAGAUGGCAAGAAGGAGUUUGCUUGUGGUGUGUGUUCAAAACGCUUUCAGCAGCUUAAAUAUCUUAAGAUGCAUCUUCCUGCUCACACAGAUAAGUAUCGAUGUCAUGCCUGUGGACGCCGUUUUGCUCGCCAUGAGUCUCUUUUAAAGCAUACCUGUGAGAACUGGCUUUCUCUAGUGGAUCAAAUACCUGGUGAGGAAGAGGGUUCAGUAAUAUUUCGUUGUUGUGAAUGUGGACGAACCUUUCCACAUAGAGAUCAUGCACGGCGACAUGCUUCUAUGCAUCAAGGUACUUGGGCCUGUGAAAAAUGUCAGCGCUGUUUUCCUCGCCGACAGCUUCUACUGGACCACACUUGUGCUAAAGGAGCCAGUGAUGAAGAAACUGCACAACACUUAAAAUCUGCCCCUGCCAGAGACAUCGAGUUGGGCAUUUUAGAGGAAACUGAAGUAGAGGGCAACUUCGAAUGUGACAUCUGCAAGCAGAGUUUCCGCACAGCGAAGUAUCUUUUCCGCCACAUGGCGAUGCACACAGAACUCUUUAAAUGUGAAGAAUGUGGCAAGUGCUAUUCUCGCAAAGAUUCUCUGCAACGACACAUUCUACGUUGCUGUCCCCAGUAUGCCACUGAGUACAGUGUACAUGCCUGUGAAAUGUGUAAAAAGACAUUUGGCACUAAACUGGGUCUUGAAAAUCAUCUGCUGAACUGUGGCAAGUUUCAGUGUCCACACUGUCGCAUUGCAUUUUUUAGUCAGGCUGACUUGACCCAACACAAGUGUGAAGGAAAAGUUAUCAGUGACGCUGCCACUGUACAAUUUCCAUGUAAGGAGUGUGGCAAGACUUUUGCCUCAUUACCAUACCUUGCCAGGCAUGAGGCAUCACACAAUGCUGCCUUUGAGUGUGAGAUUUGCAAGAAGGUCUUUGUCAGAAAAGAAGAGCUGACAUGGCAUAUGCCAGUAUGUCAAGGUGUGAGUAUGAUUGAACAUAAUGGGAGUACAAUGUGUGCCAUUUGUCAAGUUCAGUUCAAGGAUGCACGAGCAUUUAAAGAGCACUAUCAAGUACACACACACCCUUAUCGAUGUGACCAAUGUGGCAAACGAUUUAUCAAGGUUGGAACUUUACAUACCCACAAGUGUGAUGGUGUGGUAGCAGGGACAGUGGAUGAAGAUGGGCUGCUGCACUGUGACCUUUGUGAAAAGACUUUUAAGAAUGAGCGUUACCUGGCUCGUCAUAAGCAGCUACAUGGAACCCCCUCAUUUGAUUGUGAAUACUGUGGCCGCAAGUUUAUACGUAAGGAUUAUUUGAAUGACCACAAGUGUAUAUUACCUGAUGGAACGCCUGUCCGGGUUGUACGAAAGAAGAAUCGGCUCUAUAUCCGUGACGGCCUGACCUGCCCUCACUGCCGCAAAGACUUCAGCUCCAAAUCAAACCUCAACAAGCAUAUCCGUGUACAUGGAGAAAAACAAGCGGAGUGUCAUAUCUGUGGGAAAAAAUUUCACUAUGACAGUUACCUUAAGCUUCACAUUGCCACUGUCCAUGAUCGUCAAUUCCAAUACCAGUGUUCACAUUGUGGAAAGAUUCUUUUUUCAAAAACUGGGCUCAUUGCUCAUAUCAAGCAGUUUCAUCAGGAGACCACGCGAAUGUAUCCAUGUCCAAAGUGUGGCAAGACUUUUCGACAGAAGGGAAACAUGCGAACUCAUCUUUAUUCUCACACAAAAGAGAGAACUUUCAAAUGUCAAGAUUGUCCUAAAGCAUUCAAGUAUCCAGAUCAGCUAAAUCGACACCGUCUGGAACACACUCUGCAAGAAAAAAUUCAUUGCCCACACUGUGACAAAACAUUUGUCCGGCAUUAUGAAUUACGCCAGCAUCUUCGUCACUUUCACUCAGGCUUGGUUUUUUCUUGUCACAUCUGCCACGAAAGCUGUGCACAUAAGCACACAUUAAGACCACUACGCCGCAACUCGAAAAUGGCAACGUGUUGA